AUAGCUGAUCAUAUUAAAAGAGACCACGCGUAUUGUGCCUUCUGGUAGCUUCACACGUGUGCGAUCGGACUGGACACGUGUUUCAUCAACAGCGUGUGUCUAGGUUCAUCAUUUUUACUCGCAGUGAAAACAUCAAAAUUCACAGCUCAGUAGAUUUCUCUCCUGCGAAGCCUUGGAGUUGGAUGCUCGAUCCUAAAAUUCGAAACUAAAGAAUCCAGAGCUCCAUUUGCUUUUCUUCCGAUUGAAUCGAAAAUGGGGCUCGAUGUUGCAAAAGGCGAGGAAUUCGAGCGGAAAGCGGAGAAGAAGAUCAAAGGAUGGGGCUUGUUUGGCUCCAAGUACGACGACGCUGCCGAUCUAUAUCAAAAAGCCGCCAAUUCGUUCAAACUCACAAAAUCAUGGGACAGAGCAGCUACAGCUUAUAUCAAAUUGGCCGGCUGUAAUUUGAAGUCGGACAGCAAGCACGAAGCUGCAAGUGCUUAUGUGGAUAGCGCGAGUUGCUACAAGAAAAUUUCUCCCAAACAGGCUAUAUCAAGUUUGGACCAAGCAGUAAAUUUACUUUUGGAGAUCAACAGAUUCAACAUGGCUGCGAAGUAUUGCAAGGAAAUUGGUGAGUUGUACGAGCAAGAGCGGAAUAUGGACCAAGCAAUAACUUAUUUUGAGCGCGCUGCUGACCUUUAUCAGACUGAGGAAGUUAACACUUCUUCAAGUCAGUGCCGGCAAAAGGUUGCAGAAUUUUCCGCACAAUUAGGGAAGUACCAAACAGCUGCUGAGAUAUACGAAGAGGUAGCUGGCUAUGCGUUGAACAAUAAUUUACUGAAGUAUGGAGCUAGAGGGCAUCUUCUUAAUGCUGGAAUCUGUCAGCUGUGUAAAGGAGACGUUGUAGCCAUCAACAAUGCACUAGAAAAAUAUCAGGACCUGGAUCCUACAUUUUCAAGGACCCGAGAGUGCAAGCUUUUAGCUGCUUUGGCAGUUGCAUUUGAUGAGGAAGAUGCAGCAAAGUUCAGCGUUGCAGUCAAGGAGUUUGACAGCAUAACCAAACUGGAUGCUUGGAAGACGACACUCCUCUUGAGGGUGAAGGAAAAUAUAAAGGCGAAAGAACUCGAGGAGGACGACCUGACCUAAGCAGCAUUUGGCUCUGAAAAUGCUCCUUUGCUGAGAAGUAUUAUACACCAUUGUUCAGCUUGCUGCUAGAGCUGCCUAUUCUAUAUACAGUUUUACAUAGAUUGAUUUAGCUAUAGAUGCAAUAUAAAUGAUAAACUUGUUAGAGUUGUACACAUUUAUUUUUUUGUGUGAUUGUGAUUAUCUCUACUGUAUAUAUUUGUGUGGGAGUAUAAUCAAAUAAUAUAUGCUGCUGCAUCCAUAUACGGAAUAUUCAUUCUAUUUUAUUUUGGCAGGUUUUUUGUUCUGAA